CAGUCAAAUAAUUUUGUACUCAAAAAACAUAAUAUUCAUUCCAAUAACCAAAAACCAUUAUCUGCCAGUGUUUGUAUUUGUGUCAUGACAAUUUUUAUUCGUCCAAUAUCAUUACAUUAUCGCCAGUAAAUUUAUUGAUUUAUUUGGGCGUCGUCGGUUAAAAUUUCCCAAAAAAAAAAUAAAUAUUCGAUAAUAGCAUUUGUGCAUAUGUUUGUGUCGUUUGAUUGGUGGCGUGUGUGCGUGACACUUCAAUUUCGAAUCGAAUUUUUUUUUAUUAUCAUACUACAUAACCUACAUCAUCAUCAAGAUAUAUAUAGGAUCGUUUGGAUCCUUAAUUCUAAUCAAUUUUUGUUUUGUUGUUGUCUAUUUUGUUAUGUGCAUGUGUGUGUGUGUGUGUGUGUCUCACCUGUUUUCUUGAAAAAAUUUUUUUUUUCUACUUCGUCUUCAUCCGAAUGACAAUGGAAAAGUCGAUUCAAUCGAUGAUGAUGACAAUGGAUUCGAAUCAAAUGAUUUUAAUCAAAUUAUUCAUAUCCGGUUUAAUGUCUUACAUUCUUGGCAUUAUAUAUCAAUUGUGUUUGACAAAACAAUCGAUACGUGUGAAACAUUUUUACAAUAUUUCCACUGGAUUAUUGAUCAGUUAUUUUAAUUUUGGCAUACAAACUGGUCAUUCAUUCAUAACAUGUAUGAUUAUAUGGUCGACGAUUCGUUUAUUUGGCGCCACACGUUUAAUGGUCGCUUUGAAUUGUAUUUUUUGUAUGUCAUAUCUUUUAUGUGGAUAUUAUGAUAAAUAUGUGAAUGAUGUCCAUGAAAUAACAUGGACAAUGCCACAAUGUGUAUUAACAUUAUCAUUAAUGGCUUUAUCAUUCGAUAUUUAUGAUGGUCAACGAAAUUUAAAAUCACGAAAACAAUGUUCAAAUGAUAAAAAAACUCUACCACUAAUGAAUGAAGAUACAGCAUUGGAAAGAAUACCAACAUUUAUUGAGAUUAUAUCAAAAAUAUAUUUUCCACCAAUAUUUUUAAUUGGUCCACAAGUUAAAUUUAAAGAUUAUAUUGAUUUUAUUGAAUCUAGAGAAUCGAUAUUUGAAUCAUGUUGGAAACCAUCAAUUUUACGAUUCUUUUCUGGUAUCAUUUAUUUAUCCAUUUUUCAAAUUGGUAAUUUGUAUUGGCCAACCAGAUUCCUGCUAACUGAUGAUUUUAAAUCAAUGGGAUUAUUGGCAAAAUUAUCCUGUAUAGCCGUGUUGAAUAAAAUAACAUUAUGUAAAUAUAUUUCUGGUUGGCUUAUAUCGGAAGGUGCUUGUAUUAUGUAUGGCAUCGCCAGAAAUCCAUUGAAUACACAUCAACAUGAUCGUUGUAGUAAUGUUAGUAUAUUUCAUUUUGAAACAACAGCUACCUUCCGUGGUAUAAUUGAAUCAUUCAAUAUAACAACGAAUCAAUUUGCAAUGAAAUAUGUUUACAAACGAUUACGAUUUCUUGGUUCAAAAAUGUUGAGCCAUUUGUUUACAUUAUUCUUUCUGGCUUUAUGGCAUGGUUUUGCCACCGGUUAUUAUAAUACAUUUGCAUUAGAAUUUCUUAUCGUAAAAAUGGAAACAGAUAUUGCCAACAAAGUGAUUGAAUAUCGUACGAAAAAUCAUCGAUUCAAUCAAAUUCUGAAUAACAUUUAUAUUCGUUGGAUCAUUUAUUUAUUGAUGCGUAUACAUGUCAUUUAUAUGCUUAGCUAUUCACUUGUAUCAUUCACAACAUUAGAUUCUCAACAAUGGACAUCCAUAUUAAGUGAAGUUUACUUUUUUGGACAUUUUAUCUAUAUCGGUUGGUUUAUCGUAUCCAUGUUGUUCAAUUAUUUCAUACCAAUCAUUUCAUCACAACGUAAAGUUCCUAUUGAAAUGAAAAAUAAAUAA